AUGGUUAAUAUCCCGAAAACACGGAAAACAUUUUGUGCGAGCUCCAAGUGUAAAAAACACACUCUGCACAAAGUAACGCAAUACAAACCUGGAAAGGCUUCGCUUCAUGCGCAGGGAAAACGGCGAUACGACAGAAAACAGUCUGGUUAUGGUGGACAAACCAAACCUAUCUUGAGGAAGAAGGCAAAAACUACGAAAAAGAUCGUGCUGAGGAUGGAAUGUUCGCAGUGUAAAUACAAGAAGCAAAUUGCUAUCAAGCGAUGCAAGCACUUCGAACUGGGAGGCGAUAAGAAGAAAAAAGGACAAAUGAUCCAAUUCUGA